AAAGGAAGGGAAUCACCUUCAAGGCUUGAUGCCUUUAUUUAGUCACUGGAAAAGGACAGAGACUGCCAUAAAUGUGAGACUGAGAAUUUGUUAAAGGUAGUAAGAAACACAUUCUCAAGUCAAAUCUCUACUUGUUGCAGCAUUAAAAAAAAAAAAAAGUCGUCCAUCCAGGGAGUGGUUUCUGAUCCAGAAGUCUUGAAAAUAUUGAGAGAAUGUGAAGAACUUGAGUUAACAUGGAAAAUAAAUGAAUGUCAGGCAGAAAUUCAGGGUAACUUCAAAGUUUUAACAGCUGAGAGAGACAAAAUUCUCAAUCUUUAUGAGCAGGCACAGGAGGAGAUUUCCCAGAUUUGUCAGGAAGUUAUAAAAUGCCCCAACACUCCUGUGACAGCUCAAGCUGUAUUAAGACACAUGGAGAUAGAAAGGGAUACAGCACUGUCAGAUUUCCAAAGGAUGCCUACAGAACGUGAUAGCCUCAGGGAGCAGUUACAGAUUUCCCAAGAAAGUGUGUUUAACGAAUAGGCUCAUUUGGAACAGAGAAUUGAAGAGUUUUAAACUACUAUUCACAAUACUGUACCAAGCUUCAACAGUGUAACCCACAGUGAUCUUAUAUCCAGGAUUGAAGAAGCUACUGUAUACCAGAAGCUUACUGACUUGAUCUUUAGAGGCCUGACCUUUGAUUAUAGUAACAUAGAAAUUAGUACUGAAAAAUCUGGUAAAGGAGGAGAGGGAUUGGUUAGUGAAAAGUUAGAGCAGAUGUCUAAAGUGGCACUGAUGAAAGGCACCAUUGAUUCUUUGGAAACUGAGAUGAAAAGAUUGACAAGAAAAGUACUGGAUUCUGAAACUGUGAGUUGACAGGAAGCUGAAUAUGCUUCGCUUAAUUUAUUGAAUGAAAAGACUGAACUGAAUCUUUCAGAGAUUCAGUGAAGAAUUCUUGUGAAGAAAAAACAUGAAAUGCAACUUAGUCAAGAGAAAAUUAUGCAUUUGUACUAUAUAAAAAAACUAGCAAAGUACCAAACUGAGUUUGAUGAUAAGAAGUUGGAAGCCCAGGAUUCAAACUGAGAUAUUUUCAGGCUGAAGCAUGUGCUGAAGUCUAAAGUGACUUUAUGUGUUAGUAGAGAGAACUGUGAGCUCUUGGAGAAUUAUCACAAAGCCUGUGAACAAGGAGGAAGUUGGGAAGCAAAAUGCCAUGAAGCAGAAACAGGCUUUUCUGUUAGACUAGCACUGCUCAGUGCAGGGAUUGCUGGCACCGUGGAGAACAGCAACAGUUUUGGGAAAGAAAACUGCAGAAAUGCGGAUUUGAGAAUUGGAAAAAAUUUAUUCUUGAAGCUCUGCGGCAAAGCUCCUGUAAGUAAAAGCAAGUAUGAGUGGGUACCCAUUCAGAGUACCCAUUCUGAAACAGAGCUGCUGAGAAAACAACUGGGAAAUGAAAAAGCAUCUAUGAAAAACCUGGAAUCUUCGCUUGUGUCCAAUUGUGAGAAUGAAUUUCAGUCUCAGAGAGCAAACCAAGAGAAAGUCUCUGAAAUUCACUUUCACAAGGAACAGCUUGCUUUAGUAGAAAACAAUCUUGCUGUGCAGAGUCAAGAAUUUACUCACCUCAGAAACAGAACAACAGAGUCAGAACUGGAUAUCACCAAAACACAGCUGGGGACUGAGCACUUUGAUAGUAAGGAUGAAGGGUCUGAAGAGGACAUCUCUGGGAAGAUCAUCUUCUUCAUGGGAAGAAAUUAA